UCCGCCAUUAAUGGCGCCACCCAACAAACUUCAUUUUUUUUCCCAAUUCCCACCCACCGGAGUUCUAUAUAUGUAUACUGUUUAUAUAUAUGUUACUCUCAGGGCUUGCCGCUCAGUCUAACAAGACAGACGGCUAGCCGGAGAACAAGCUUCAAUGGCGAAACAAACUCAUCAUCCAUGGCUGAUCCUGGCGCAGCUCUUCGUCCUCAUCACCAUCGCCGCCGCGAAAGUUCCGGCGGUCAUUGUGUUCGGAGACUCCUCGGUCGACGCCGGCAACAACAACCAGAUAUCGACGGUCCUGAAGAGCAACUUCGCGCCGUACGGCCGGGACUUCUACGGUGGCCGGGCGACCGGGCGGUUCUCCAACGGGAAGAUUCCGCCGGACUUCAUCUCGGAGGCUUUUGGGCUCCGGCCGUUCGUGCCCGCGUACUUGGAUCCGGCGUACGGAAUAUCGGACUUCGCCACCGGAGUUUGCUUUGCCUCUGCCGGCACCGGCUACGACAAUGCAACCUCUGAUGUGUUGUCUGUGAUUCCCUUAUGGAAAGAAGUGGAAUACUACAAAGAUUACCAGCGGAAACUGAGAGCCCAUCUGGGCACCAAAAAAGCCAACCAGAUCCUAUCCCAAGCUCUCUACCUCCUCAGCAUGGGCACCAACGACUUCCUCGAGAACUACUACACCAUGCCGAACCGGCGGUCCCAGUACACCGUCGACCAGUUCCAGAGCUUCCUCAUCGGCGUCGCCGGGAACCUCGUCAAGGAGCUCUACUCCCUCGGCGCCCGGAAGAUCUCCGUCGGAGGCCUGCCGCCGAUGGGCUGCCUCCCGCUGGAGCGCACCACAAACUACAUGGGCGGCGAAGGCUGCGUCGAGUCCUACAACGUCGUCGCCGAGAGCUUCAACGGGAAGCUGAGCGGCCUGGUGGAGACGCUGAACAAGGAGCUGCCGGGGAUCAGGGUUGUCUUGUCCAAUCCUUACUAUAUCUUGCAGCAGAUUGUGCAGAAGCCUUCCUCUUACGGGUUUGAAGUAGCAUCAGUGGCAUGCUGCGCUUCUGGAAUGUUCGAGAUGGGGUACAUGUGCGACCGGUACAACCCGUUCACCUGCUCCGACGCCGACAAGUAUGUUUUCUGGGACGCCUUCCAUCCCACCCAGAAAACCAACCGCAUCGUCUCCGACUACGUCGUCAAGCAUGUUCUUCGAGAAUUUCUCUGAGUAAUUCUAUAAAUAUUCAUACACAUAUAUAUAUAUGUGAGAAUUGUAGUAUAUAUAUAUAUAUAUAGACACGGGGUUCGGGGUUUGGGGUUUGUAAUUUAAAGUUGAUACUGUUGUUGUUGUUGUUGUUGCUGUUGGCGUUGUACGUAGUUAAAAGCAGCUUGCUGUGAAUGAUUAAGAAGCAGUUACCGGUUGUUUUGUUUAA